GUAACUCGUCUAACAUUCCCAAUGACGAUUGCCCUCUGUACGAGGCGAUAGAUCAUAAUCACAUAAGAAGUUACUCAGGUGAGUCAACGACAACAUUUAUUCGUCUAUAAAAAUCCCCGAGUGGUGAGCUAGUCCUUUUGCACGUGUAAUAAACUACACCGAAGAGCAUGGAACGGGAAAAGACAGUCUGGGAUUCAUCCUAUAGACUGUUGAAUACGACGCCGUCUGAUAAGGCAGCAUUUUAUAGGAAAGUACGGAUCUACUUUACGAGAACAAUUUGGACGAUCAAGACAACAGAUUUCAUUAGCUUGUUUCUGAUACUCGUACUUUUAGGUACAUCAACUCAUCAUUAAGAAGUUGACCCUAAUCUUGUCUUUGAGUUUCUCCAUAUUUAUCAACUUCCAAAUCCGAAAGAUAUGGCUUACCUUCCUUAUAUCGAACCAGGGCUUGACAUCAUACUUCCUCUCUCCAUAUUCAUGUUUAUUCUCAACAUAACCCGCGACCUUCUCGAUUCCUUUCUCUAUUGCGGACUAAUUGGGGAAAUAAUCAUCGGGGUUCUCUCUGGAAUGCCUAUCACCGGAACUUCCUUUCUCAACAUAGAAAUCCAAGAGACAGUACAAUAUCUUGGAUACCUGGGGCUUAUCUGUUUGGUGUUUGAAGGUGGCCUCAUCACAGAUCUUCAAAUAUUAAGAAGCACAAUGUGGGUAACAUUGCCUGCGGCAAUGAUUGGAAUUCUGAUGCCGAUGGCCCUUUCAUUUUCCAUCAUGGGUAUGAAAUUCGAUAGUAUUGAAGGUUCAGGAUAUCCGACUGCAUUAGCAGCUUUUUCAGCGGGCGUCUCUCUCUGCUCCACAUCCUUGGGAUCAACAUUCAUUAUCCUCUCAUCCGCAAACCUGCAGAAAACACCAAUCGGCACUUUGAUAGCAGGUGCGGCAAUGUUAGACGAUAUUCUUGUUCUCGUGAUGAUUAAAAUCAUAACAGCACUUGGACGAGGCCAAUCCGAUUUUUGGACAAUUGCACGUCCUGCUAUAUCCAGUUUGAGCCUCAUUCUUGCGACCUUCUUGCUAGCGCUAUUUCUUAUAAAACCUUUACUUCGGGGGUUCCAUUCAAUAUUUACAUAUCCGAGAAUUGACCGAGAAACCUUCGGUGAAGAUGUUGAUACCGAAAAGGGAGUUUCGCGGCAUACUGGAUUUAUAUUAUCGACUUUGAUGCUUAUAGUUUUGGUAACUACCGCUGCUUGUGUAGAGGGUUCGAUAUUACUAUCUGCAUUCUUAGCCGGUGCUGUGGUGAGAUAUACUUGGCAAAGUGGUAGUGAUGGAGAGAACAUGGAUAUGGAUGUCGAUCAACCUACAAUGAUGUUUGAGGAGUAUUAUAAGCCGAUCAUGGAUCAUAUAUUAGUGCCUUUCUUUUUCGCAUCAAUCGGUUUCUCAAUCCCUGUCUCUGAGAUGUUUUCUGGUUCCGUCUUGUGGAAAGGAAUUUUCUACGCUUGCCUGAUGUCUUUGGCCAAAGCCUCAAUGGGAAUAGUUGUAUAUUUUGAAUACUUUACCACAAGGUGGUCUCAUAAAUGGACAGACUCCAAAAAGAGAACGCUUCCAAUACCAGAAGAACUUUCCCAACAAGACGGCUCACCAGAAGAAGUCCCUGCAAAUGUUACCAUAAAUCGAAAAUUAAAAACAAACCCCCCUCAUCUCGAUGCCAUUAUAGUAGGUUCCACAAUGAUUGCCCGGGGAGGCUUUGGCUUCCUGGUAGCUUCAGAAGCCCAGAGCUCGGGUACCUUAAAUCUCUCCAAAACGCCAAUUAGAAUCCAAAAUAUGCAAGGUAUCUCUCACAAAGAUACCGGGAGAUUAAAAGCAUCAGAUGUAGUGGAGGAUCAAAUAUUCUUGGUGAUAAUCUGGGCAUUAGUUCUAUGUACGAUUGUUGGACCAGUUGUUUCAGGGAUUGCAGUGAGAAGAAAACUGGUUAGGGAGAGGGAAGGAGACAGAUGCGAGUGUGGGGCUACCAUUGGAAGGAGAGGUUUUGACACUGGGGAUGAGGGGGUAGGAGGGUGUCAUCUUUGUUUGUAAAGGUUUUAGUGGACUAGACAGUAUAUGAGUAAAGCAAGACGGGAGAUAAAAUGAAUUUUGAUAGGAAGUCGGAGUUGAGUCAAUGAGUUAUGAUCAUGAAUAAGGGUCAAGGAGAGCACCGCGACGAUUUCUUUCGCGCUUCAAAUGUGCCACAGAACGCGAUGUUGGAUUGAUACCACAAUUUCACACUUGUUACAGCCA